UCAGUUUUUCCACAAUGACAAGUUACUUCGACCAGCUGUGAAAUAUCUUAAAAUUGCGUCUCAAUUAAUAACAAUUGCGCUUUAAAACAUUACCCGUCUUUGUUCUUAUUCUGUAUUUACUAAGAUCUGAAGAAUAAAAGUUCGAAAUGGCAUACGCUUACUUGUUCAAAUACAUCAUCAUUGGCGACACAGGUGUGGGCAAAUCAUGCCUGCUGCUACAGUUCACCGACAAGAGGUUCCAGCCGGUGCACGAUCUCACCAUCGGAGUGGAGUUCGGAGCCCGCAUGAUCACCAUUGAUGGCAAGCAGAUCAAACUGCAAAUUUGGGACACGGCUGGACAGGAAGCAUUCAGGUCGAUCACCCGGUCAUACUACCGCGGCGCGGCGGGAGCGCUCCUCGUGUACGACAUCACGCGGCGGGACACGUUCAACCACCUCACCACGUGGCUAGAGGACGCGCGCCAGCACUCUAACUCCAACAUGGUCAUUAUGUUAAUCGGCAACAAGAGUGAUCUAGAGUCGAGGCGUGAGGUGAAGAAGGAGGAAGGCGAAGCGUUCGCCCGCGAGCACGGCCUCGUCUUCAUGGAGACCUCGGCGAAAACGGCCGCCAACGUGGAGGAGGCGUUCAUCAACACCGCUAAAGAGAUCUACGAGAAGAUACAGGAGGGAGUCUUCGACAUUAACAAUGAGGCGAACGGCAUCAAGAUCGGCCCCCAGCACUCGGGCGGCGGCGCGGCGGGCGGCGCGGGCGCGGGCGCGGGCGGCGCGGCGCCGGGCGGCUGCUGUUAGGCGCGCGCCUGCACACACUGAGGCGAGCUCGAGGU